ACAAAACCAUAUGUUUCUCUGCAAAACGUGUCUCAUUUGAGGACUGAAAUAAAAAGAAUGGGAAUAAUGGAGCAGUUUUUAACUAUUCAACUUCAGUGCGUUGAUUAAAAGGACAGAACUGAGCUUAACAGUAAUAUCACCACUGAUGCUGUUGGUUACUCUUUUCCUGCCUCUGCUUUCCUCUCUUUCCUCCCUUUUGUUGUGGCUUUGGUCAAAUGUAGAUACAAAUCUCAGUCACACUUUCUUAUACACUUCACCAUAAGCCACAGCCCUUGAAUGGAUGUGAAUACAUAUGUAAAAUUGACAACAGGCUGUUUAGUAGUAACAGGUUGGAAAGAAAAAGAAAAAAAAAAAAAAAAAAGAAAAGAAAAAGAAAAAGUAGGGUCCAUGUGUCACGUGGCAGGUCGGUGGGGACGAGGGUGGCUCAGCUGUUUAACAACAUAAUCAGAAAGCGUGAUCGGUUCCGGGCGGAGAUAGUUUGAGACCGAGCAGAGUAAACCACCUUCACCGUUUCUGCUGCCACGAAAGCCGCUAUACUUCACCGUAAAGUCUGAUUCUCUGAAUAUGAACUAAUCUCACAGUGAUAUUCAACCUUCAACCAAAUUAUUUAUAACAUUUUAGUUCGGCAAAUGCAAUAGGCUACUGAAAUGUAGGCUAAUCGUAGACAAGUGUGAAACCAGUUUCAUAGUAUGGGCCUAUAUUCAGUUAUACAGACAACUUCAUGUCCAUUUCCCUUCUAACGUGUGAUUUCACACGCAGAAGAAUAGACUCUAUUUCUGUGUAGAGGUGAUUAAUGCAGCGAUAUUGUCUGUGAUUAAUCGACCAAAACGAUCACACUGGCUGGUUUGGUCUUCGGGCAAUUUCCUCCCCUGCGUAAAACCUGCGUCAUCGGUGCAUUGAUGUCUUUUCACGUGUCUUCAGUUAACAUUUAUUAUUCAAAUCGCAAGUCACACGUAGCCACAGAGAUCACCUACUAGUCCAGUGGUUUUGAUGGCAGUGCUGCGCCUUCUCUGCCCGAUGCGUAAAAUUGAACCAUCGUUUGGAGAAGCACCGGCAGGCACCGCACACUCUAACAGAAAGAAGGAAGACGGCGAGUGAGUUGGGGGAAGAAGCAGCGUGUGGUGUGGGAGGGUGGGAGAGCCCUCCCACCGCCAAAUGUCUGGAUGGAUCCACUCCUUCAUAACCCCACUCUUCUCCAGCCUUGCGCAGAUGGCCAAAGUGUCCAAAGCAGACUGUGAAUCAGCUCCAACAGACCACAGGAUGACAAGAUGAGAACAGAUUAGAUAUUUAACUCUUCACCCUCUGCUUUGUUUUAUUUACUGUUCAGUGAAAGUUAAAGUAGCCAAACAACCUCUGGCGCAAGAGCACUUGGCUACAUGUGAAUGUUUGCCGGUGUCCCAGCGCACUCCACGCCUGCGCUGGUGAUGCCAUGCCGCGAAGUCAUACAGGCGACGAGAGCGGCGGCACCGGACUCUGGCUGAAAACCUCAACAGGACGCCGGGCGCAGGACUACGCAUUGAAAGAUGUGGAGUCUGGGCGGAUGACGAUGAAUAACGCGGUGCGAGUAAAUGACGGUCUCCUGUCUCCCGCCACGGCAGGUGCGGUGGGAGCGGAGAGGAAGCAGGGCGCCCGGCUCAGCCUUCUGGGGAAGCCGCUGACCUACAGCGCCCAGAGCGGCCGCAGGAACGCGCGGUACCGGCGCCUCCAGAAUUACCUCUACAACGUGUUGGAGAGACCAAGGGAAUGGGCGUUCAUCUACCACGCUUUUGUGUUUAUCCUGGUGUUUGGAUGUUUGGUCCUCUCUGUGUUUUCCACCAUCCCUGCUCACCAGGAAUUCUCCUCACACUGUCUGCUCAUUCUGGAGUUUGUGAUGAUUGUAGUGUUUGGUCUGGAGUACAUCAUCAGGAUAUGGAGUGCUGGCUGCUGCUGCAGAUACCGAGGCUGGCAGGGACGCCUCCGGUUCGCCAGGAAACCAUUCUGUGUCAUAGACAUCAUUGUACUCAUCGCCUCCGUUGCCGUGGUUUCAGCCGGUAGCCAGGGCAACAUCUUUGCCACCUCUGCGCUGCGUAGCCUUCGUUUCCUUCAGAUCCUGCGCAUGGUGCGCAUGGACCGCAGGGGAGGCACCUGGAAGCUGCUGGGGUCUGUGGUUUAUGCACAUAGUAAGGAGCUGGUGACUGCCUGGUAUAUUGGGUUUCUGGUGCUAAUCUUCUCCUCCUUCCUGGUGUAUCUGGUGGAGAAAGAAUUCAACAAGGAGUUUGCCACCUAUGCUGAUGCUCUGUGGUGGGGCACGAUCACCCUUACAACCAUCGGCUAUGGUGACAAGACCCCUCAGACGUGGACAGGACGGUUGUUAUCAGCCGGUUUUGCUCUGCUGGGGAUUUCUUUCUUCGCCCUGCCAGCUGGCAUCCUUGGUUCAGGUUUUGCCCUGAAGGUGCAGGAGCAGCAUCGACAGAAGCACUUUGAAAAGAGGAGGAACCCAGCUGCCAGCCUCAUCCAGUGUGUCUGGCGUAGUUAUGCUGCUGAUGAGAACUCGGUUUCCAUUGCUACCUGGAAGCCUCAUUUGAAGGCGUUGCAUACCUGCAGCCCCGCCAAGAAAGAGCAGGGCGAGACUACUUACAGUCAGAAGUUGAGUUUUAAGGAGCGGGUCCGCAUGGCGAGUCCUCGUGGUCAGAGCAUGAAGAGCAGACAGACAUCCAUCAACGACCGCCAACGCUGUUCCCCUGGCAACGAGGUGGUGGGCGGCGCCGAGCUGAUGGGUGGGAGCCCGGCUAAAGUGCAGAAGAGCUGGAGUUUCAACGAUCGGACCCGUUUCAGGCCGUCUCUGAGGCUGAAGAGCCAGACUCGCACUGCGGCCCCAGAUGUGGACACAGGCAUGACUACGGAGGACUCCUUUGAUGAAAGGGGCUGCCAUUGCGAUGUUACAGUGGAGGAUCUAUCGGCUCCCCUCAAGGCUGUCAUCAGAGCGGUCAGGAUCAUGAAGUUCCACGUGGCAAAGAAGAAGUUUAAGGAGACGUUGCGUCCAUACGAUGUGAAGGACGUCAUAGAGCAGUACUCUGCAGGACAUUUGGACAUGCUCUGUCGCAUCAAGAGCCUUCAGACCAGACUAGACACUGUAGUGGGUCCCCCGCCAAGGCCUUUCAGCAGUCGCGUCAAGACCUUUUCCUCUCCCUCCCUGCAUUUAUAUUACAGCCAGGCCCGGAGGAAACAGUCUGCACCGGGACAGGCCAGUGCAGCGGGCUCUGGUCCCGGCCUGAGUAGCCGACCCAGGAACAUGUCCUCUCCUGCCCUGCAUUAUUAUUACAGCAACAACAGGAAGAAGCUCCCUGGCUCGGGGGUGGAUCAGAUCCUGGGAAAAGGCCAGAUACCUGUGGAUAAAAAGAUGAGGGACAAGCUGAACCCAGAUGGAGACUCUCUGGAGGGCAUGAGCAUGCUGGGACGUGUAUGUAAGGUGGAGAGACAGGUAACGUCCAUCGAGUCAAAGCUGGACUCUUUGCUGGACGUUUAUCGCCAAGUUCUGCAGAAAGGCUCGUCAGCACUCACUCUCUCCUCCCUGCCUCUGUUUGAGCUGGACAGCCAACGGCAUCGCAGCUCGGACUACCAGACCUCCAUCAUUGGCAGGGAUCUCCCCUCGCCCCAGGGAGGUGAUCCGGUUCGAGGCGGAGGAGAUAACAGCGGGGGCUUACGCCGCUCGCUUAGUGCCAACCCCAAAGGCCUGCGGCUCAUCCUGGCACCCGCUGAUGACGAUGGUCCCCCAGACUCAGCACCUCCCUCUUACCCCCCGUCCACAGCCUCACUCUCCCCAUCACCCCUGCUACCACCCGAUAGCCCCUACCCAACCUUGGUCACCCCCAAUGGCACCUCCAAAAGAGCACACUUCCCUGACCUGCCACCCCCACCUCCCUCAACUGGGGGUUUCACCCUCCAGCUACCGCCCAUGGUGCACCCCUCCCACCUCCGAUGCCCCGCUGACUCCAUCCCAGAUGAUCUGACGGACGGAGUGACAGCAGACAAAAAGAGCCUGGGCCCCUCUGUCGUGGGAUCCAGUGUGAAUGCUGACCAGGAAGGGGACAGUGAGGCAGGCUCUGUCCAGGGAGGGGUUCAGCUGCGGGAGAAGCCUGCCUUGAAAUCUGAGGGGGUCUGGAGGAGGCACAUGAGCCUGGAGGUUAACCCCCUGCUGCUGCUUUCAUCUAGCCCGGACGAGAGACCUUCAGACUGGGAAGGCGGUCUCGGGAAAUCCCUCUCCGUGCACAAUCUCAGCCAGCCUUUGACCAGCCGUGCCCCUGGUCUCAACAACAGCAACAGCAGCAGCAGCAACGGUAGCGAACGUGGCAACGCCCACGGUGACCUUAGCAACUGGGACGGAACAGAACUCUUCAUUAGUGAGUGCAAGCUAGAGCCAGCGGAAGAACAUUUCAACUUCCUGUCCCAGGGACCUGACAGCAGCCCCUCCGACCUUUUACAGACUGUGGACGAGGCGGCCUCUGGACCUAAGGGAAACUCCGAGUUUCUCAGUCAGUCCCCACACAUACAGCUGGCAUAACUACACACACACACACACACACACACACACACACACACACACACUGACACACACUCUCGCAUACUGUAUGUACACACCAUUGUUGGGGAAGCCAAUUUUAAAGUAUUUUUAAAGGACACUAAACGGAUUAUGUUUCAAAUUGUACGAUUUAAUUCUUUGUAUGUGGACAAACAGUGUUUUUAUAUUUUGUCAAACAUGAUUAUGUCCACUUUCAUACAUGCUAUACACUUUUUAUGGGCUUCGAAAAAAGAAAAGACAUCAAAUGUAUAAGGAUGUAUAAAAUAUGUAUGCAAGUGGCCAAAUUCAUGUAAGACAAAAUACACAAACAAUACACGAAUGCAAAUAACCUUCCUUUAAGAGAAAUAGAUUUGCCCUUUUUCUAACGAUGUGGAGAAAGGGUAAUUUUAUUAAUUUUAUACAAACAAGUUGAUGUUUUUCAUAUUCAAGAUCAUGCGUUACAAAAAAAGGAUGCUGAUAAAUAGAUAAAAAAAUUGAGUUUUAUUUUAAAUGAAGAACAAGGAGGGAAUGUUUGACACCUGCCUACUAGACAUUAGAGUGUAGAUGCAAAUCAGAUCAUUUGGUUCAUCACAAGAAGAGCUGUGAGCUAGUGACCUAGUUUGGGCUCAUCACUGAAAGAAGCAGGAGUCUUAACUUUUCAUUGUAGAAAUUAAAGGAUAUAUAAUCUGAUUGGUGCUGACACUGACAAUUAAACGAAUAAAAACAGAAGAAAAUACUGUAUAAUGCUAUCACAGCCAAAACUGGUUAAGUCACAAAAAAAAGUAUAGCUGACACUUGAAUAAGCCACUGCGAAAUUAUAGGUCAACCAUUUCUUUCUUGAUGUGGUGAAACCAGUGCAGAGCAGAUACAUGCACACACACACACACACACCCACACUCUUUCACACACACAAAUACACACAAAUGUCACACAUGACCACCGACCACAGAGUUAUCUGAGAGGAGCCAACUUGAUAAAGAGCUGAGACUGACUUUUUGACUUAUUUUUUUCAUACAAGUGCUUGUGUCCAGAGACUUUCUUGGAAGAAAAGGAGAGUCGCUCACUCUCCGUAGUCAAUGUCUGUCUUUGGCAAAUGUAAAAUGUCAUCUUUUACUUAUUCUUUCAUACAUAUCACUGCAUGGACUGUUUCUGAACAAACGAAUGAAAGGAGAAUUAUGUUGAUUAGGUGAGGCCUGGUGUAAUGGGAAUAGAUGAAUUAUAAAAAAGAGUUAAAGGUCAGACCCUUAGCAUGUGUUCAGACUACAAGCAUCUCAUUCUGUUCCUUUCCUGCAGCCACAGAAAUGUUAGUCGAUGUUUAUAUGGUUGCUGUGUGUCAUCUGUCGGCAGGUUGUCAGUAAAUUUGGAUGCAGCAAGCCUAUUGGGAAAAUGGCCUAUCAGCAGUCACUCAAGACAAGCGUUGGACCGUGUCCCACUCUGUUUGGACGGUAUCCUAGUGAGGUAGUUGCUAAUGGUCUGAAUGCUGAAUUGCAAUAGGAUUAUUGAGUGGGCUUUCUCAGCCAAGCAUGAGAUGCUGCAUGUCUAAGCUGCUGCAAUACUUAAAUCAAGAGCAGUCACACUCUCGCUGGGGGCCUGGAUGCCCUUUUGCAUGUCAAAGUAAUGUUUCCUCCAAACUUUGAACACAAAGGUACAAACAAAGUCUGCCUAUAUGAACAUUAUUAUAUUCUAAUUUGAACUAAUUUCAUAGCAGUUACAAACCUGUGCUUCCAAUUAUAUGGAUAACCCACUUACUAUUAAUUGUUAUAAUGCACAAGGCCAAUUAAUGUUUGUUUUUUGACAAUCCCUACCUUUUUACUGGGUGCUGGUUGCAUCAUGCAUCAAGGCUGCUGAACUGACCUUAUUCCCUCCUCCCACUCCGGUGUAGUGUGGUGUUACAGGGCAAAAUGUGCAGUGCACAGACUCCAUUUUUAACACAGCAGGUCAGUUUCACCUGAGGAACCCGUGGUAACAAUACACCAUGUCCCACGGUGUCCCAACAUGCAGUGCUGUUGAUCUAGUAUGCAUAUGUUACUUUAUCCAUGUGCCCAUUCUGCUGCUAACAAUGUCAGAAAAUGUGAUAUAUUCACAUAAUAAAAGAGAGAAUGAGACGAGAAAAGUCCUCAGUGAUAUUCUCUGUGACCUCAGCAGUUUCAGCAUUCAGCUGAAAAGUUGAAUGCUGUUAUCCAGAGCAACAUUGGUAGGAGACAAACUGGAUGAACUAAAAUCUGACCUGAGACUGAGAGUACAAUUUUGCUGUUUUAUGGCCUCAUGCCCCCCCAAAACUGUAUCUAUAAUUUCACAGGAUUUUGGUUUUUGAAUGUGCAUGCACUUCCUCCUCACCACAUCAAUCAUAAUUUCAAUAUUUAACCAUUUAGGGUUUUUUCUUAAAUAAGUUUAAAAAUAACUGUGGCCAUUUAUAUUUUGGUUGCAUUUCGCCCAUAUUCAUGUAGAGAAGUUACGUUUUCACUGGCCAAUUAAUGAAAAAUGGUGUGCUGCAGGUGUCUUAUAUGACACUUCCCUAACACUACACUUAACAGGAGCAUUGUUUUCAUUGCUAUCCUGCUUGUAGAUGGGUUGACUGCUCUUGGAUGAGAAUUAUGCACAAAAAUAUGGCAGCCAUCUUAAUUUUUGUCAGCCAUUUCAAUUUGUUUUUGCACGUUUACGUCUUAAGGGGUACAUAGUCACAGCUGUCUUAAAAAUGUUUUUUAAUGUGUUAAUGACAAACUUUAUUCAUCAUUAUUUUCAGUUAUAUUCCCUUUGUUUUGAAUGGUGAGUAAGUGCAUUGCUUAGCAAAUUAAUGUUCUGUAGUAGAAUAUAACAAGUAUUAUCUUCUAACAAAUGACAAUUGUAAACACUUGUAGGUUGAUUUUGAAAUACUCUACAGCCCAUGCAGGAGUUUUUCUGGUAUAAUAUAUUAUCAACAUGAAAGCACAGUUGUUUUUAGUGAGUUUGAGGAGCCUGAAAAUGUGACAUGGUAGUUUAAUGCUUAUUAUUGGAUAGAUUUGUUGCAGUUCUUGAGUUUUGCUGCAUGUGAGAAGAGGCCAACCAAAACUGUCAUUUACUUUGGAGCAAGAUCGAACAAUAAUGAGGAGAGCCCAUGGACCAGUAGCCAGUUGGGAAAUUGGAUGGAUUAUUCCUCAUAUAAAACAUGCUCAUUUUUGCAAUCUGUAAAUUGCUUAAGGGUGCCUUUCUUGCAAAUGAAAAUUAUUUUAUUUUUUCUCCACAGGGCUACAAAGGUCUAGUUUGCCUACAGCCUAUGGCAUACUGUAUAGCCGAAGUCAGACUGCUCAUUUUGAGGUGGGCAUCCAGUUCACUUAAGUCAUGUAGCUUUAGCCACAGACUUUAUAUGGCUUUGAUGGCUAACAAUACCAUUUCUCUACUGCUUGAACAGUAAUUUAUUACACAACUGGCCUUAAAGCUUGAUAAUGUUAACAUUAUUAUUUCUUUGAAAUUAAUUUAUUAAAGUGCACAUUAUGUUCUCUGGAUGAGAAAUGCAAAAAUAAUUUUAUUAUUCAUUAAUAAAGUACGAAUUAACUAAAAUGUUUUGGAUUUUGUGUCUUCUUUAGUAAGCAAACUCAUCAAGCAAGUAAAAGUUAGCAUGGCUAAAAAGUCACAAUGUCAUGUUGCCUUUGGGGAAUGAGGAUUUUAUAUUUUCAGGGUGGUGGCUAACAGUGUAAAGACUAUUGUGCAGGGGCGGAGCCAGACGUUGUAAACAUUUGGGGCUUAACCCCAACUUCACUUUAUAUUCAGGGGACAUGCUCCCCUGGGGAAUUUUUGCCCCCAUUCACAGCAGCUGCAUGCACUAUUUACUGUAUCAAGCCAUUUGUACAUCAUUUGGGGAAAUGCCCCCCCCCCCCAAAAAAAGAAAUCAUCCAGAGCCUUCAUCAUCUUUUGAAUCUAAUUGUUCUCUGUCUCCAUCAUUCUGAAACCACAACACAACACAUUUUGACAAUGAUUAAUUUUCAUUACUGCCACAUAAAAAGAGGCAAAAAUAGUCUGAUAUUACUAUUUUGAAUUUACAUGACAUGGGUGGGGAAAGAAUUUAACUCAAACAGCAUCACUAAUCUUGACACGUAUUUUUGUUGCACUAUGCUGGUGCACAGAUUUAAUGUUUAGAUGACAAAUCUGCAUUUAAAUCCAGACCAUAAUAAAAUGUGCUGCUCUAACUGAGCAGACGUGGAUCCACAAGAAGGCCAAGUAAAUGUCUUCAAUGUCUCUGAACUGAAUAUUAGGCCAACAAAAAAACAUUUACUCAAUAAUAUUUAAUUUCUAGGGAAUAGCAUAAACAACAUGGACAUGCACUGUAAUAUUAUCAUAGUCUUUUAUUUGAUCUACACCAGAUCCCUCUGUUCUCCUUUCCUUCUCUUGUCUUCUUCUCUCACUCUCUCAGCUCCAUUCAUCUCUCUCUGGAAAUGUCCUCCACUCAAAGAAAAUAUAAAACAAAAAGAGUGUUAACAUUUCUGAUUAUAAACUGAAGAUUUAAAAAUAUUAAAUACAUAUCUUAUUCUCUUAGGAAUGUUCACAGCAAGAGUGAGUGACAUCACACAGAGUGAGGAGAAGCUGUUCAACUGCUCUGAAAGUUUUGACACAAAGUUUACAGUAACACUAAAUCACAGUGCAUCUUUGUGUGAUUUAUGCCCCGCUAAAAUGAGCCGCUACCACUGCCCCACACAGACAAACAAGUGACAAGGAAGUGAUGUCUUAACUGAUGACCUGCCUUGAUGAGAGGUCUGACAGAUUGCAUUUUCAUUUUCAUUUUGACCCCAAAAGAGCGUAGCGACAUGUAAAUGUAAAUGCAAUGGACUGUGGGCUCCGUUUGUGUAUUCUAUUUGAAUAUUGUCCCUGUAGAUCAGGUUAAGUCUUUAGAAAUUAACUGUCAACAGUUUUUUAAUUUUAAUUUUGAUAUGGUCAUAGAACGCCCACAUGAGUAUGAGAAAAUAAAAAUGCAAAUUGGAUUACUGCAUUUUCUUUUUAAUUGUCUUUACAUUGCUGGACUUAAGAGCAGCAGGAGAACAGGUGUGCUGGCUGGGCAGCUCACACAGGUGCCUUGAGUGUUCUUUGUUCUGUGUCCUGAGCUCAUUCUCUGUUUGCCCUUCAGCUGAGCUGGUUCCCUCUGUCAUUUCACCUUUGUUCCUGAGUGCGUUGAGUGAGUUCAUUUCACUACAUUUCCUCAAAUUGUUUUAUUUUGUUGUUAAGUAGUACAUCUAAUCUCCUUGGUUUGUUCUCAUAUGAUUAUAUAUUUAGAGUGAGAAAGUAUUGAUGUACUGAUUUUGAUUUAGAAUUGUCUGUUGCUUUAUUCAACAUAAUAUGAUAGAAUUUGACCUGUAUGUAUGCUUUCUUUUAUUUGUGGAAAUAUAACCUCUCAGCUGUAACCAGUUGCACCUGAAUGACCGACUCCAAGGAAAAGAUUAAAAACUUUCAAAUGGAA